GUACGACUACGCAUGGCAUUCAUGAUACGUACAGUGCUGGUGGGUAUGUGCAGACGUUGAAUGGUUCUGCUGAAGAUCUAAUUGAAGCGUUCACUCAGUUACAAAACCAAAGUUGGAUUGAUGUUGGCACACGAGCCGUCUUCAUCGAGUUCUCAGCUUAUAAUGCGCAAACGAAUCUUUUUGCGGUCAUACAACUUAUGCUUGAAAUGCCGCCCUAUGGUUCGUUCGUUAUUUGA